ACCGGCGGCCGUCGCCGCAAGCGCCCGGUCCAGCGGGGAAAGCCGCCGUACUCGUACAUCGCGCUCAUCGCCAUGUCCAUCGCCAACUCGGCGGAGCGUAGGCUCACCCUGGGCGGGAUCUACCGUUUCAUCACGGAAAGGUUCCCCUUCUACCGCGACAACCCCAAGAAGUGGCAGAACUCCAUCAGGCACAACCUGACGCUCAACGACUGUUUCGUAAAGGUGGCCCGGGAGCCCGGAAGGCCCGGCAAGGGGAACUACUGGACCCUGGAUCCGGCCGCCGAGGACAUGUUUGACAACGGGUCGUUCCUGCGGCGGAGGAAGAGGUUCAAGCGCUGCGAUGUGACCACCUACCCAGGCUUCCUCCACGACUCCAGUGCCUUCACACCCGCUCAGCUCGGCCGCCCGCUCUACCCGCACCACCUCUACGCCUCCUCUUCCUCCUCGUCAUCCUCCAUCGCCGCCGCCGCCGCCAUCUCCUCCUCCACCUCCUCGUCCAUCGCCGCCGCCGCUUCCUCGUCCCCAUCAUCGUCGUCCAUCGCCCCCGGGCCUCACCACCAGCCGGGCCCUCUCGGGGUCGCGACCUCGGCCUACGGCGGUGUCGCUGUAGUCGGCGGUGGGCUCCUUCAUCCGCCGGUCCUGGCCCACCACCACCACCACCACCAACACCACCAACAUCAUCUGUCUCAUCAUCUGCAUCUGCCCCAUCACCAUCACCACCAGCA